UAAUGGAAACUCCACAACUGACGUGAGAGCUCCAGGAAAGGAGCGCGCUCUGAUGCGAGUCAUCGUGCGAAUAUGCAGAGCAAACAAGUACGGACCUUUGUGCGAAUCCACGUGCCCUGACUGCAAGAACGGUGGCAUUUGCCACGACAUCGUCGGUCGUUGUAUCUGUCCACCAGGAUUUAAAGGAGAUCUCUGCGAAGAACCCUGCGGAGAUGAUAAAUUCGGCCAGCAAUGUGAGAAACGCUGCUCAGACACCAAUCGCGACCCUGAGUCGAAAACCUGUUCGGGCAUCAUGAUCUGCCUUCCCGAUCCUUAUGGCUGCACUUGUGGAACCGGGUUCAAGGGAUUCUUCUGCAACGAAACCUGUUCCAAACACGAAUACGGAGCCGACUGCAAGCAGAAGCGCGUCUGCCACUGCAAGAACAACGGGGCUUGCAAUGUGUUCACUGGAACCUGCGUAGAUGAUGAUGGACAGUGUCUCGAUGGCUGGAAGAACAAAAGUUACUGCGAUAUCAGCUACCCUCUCCUUAAGAACAAACCUAAAGUUUUAAACAUCACUGACACCAGCGCUAGAGUGACGUGGGAUGCAUGGCAGUUUGGACGAGAUACAGGCGAAGGGAACCCUAAAGAGUACUUGCUGCAACACAAGGAAACCACAGACGAGAGCUGGCCGACUAUUCGACAUAUUAUCUCUCCAACCUUCUACGCUCGUGUUCUGUCGGGACUGAAACCUGACACGUCUUAUGAGGUCAGAGUCCUGGUGAGAGACAGCGACCACAAACACCGGAGUGAGGGGGCUCAAGAAGAACGCUUUAAAACACGCUGUGGUCGUCCCUCCCAGACGCCUUCAUCCAUCCAGAUCGAUGACUCUAGCAGCAGGUCAAUCAUCGUGAAGUGGAAGAUUCCUCCUGAAGACUCUUGGAAGUGUCGGACCGUCAACAUCACCCUCAUGUACAACAACAGCAGUGCUGCAUUCAAUACCACGCAUCCUGCAGGAAGUGCCCCAAGAACGAAUUACUCAUUCUCAACAGAGCCGUAUACCUCGUGGAGUAUUAGACUCCGCUUGGAGACUCCUGACGGAGAACCAGGGGAUUGGACUCCCAUACAAGAUGUGACCUCCGCCCCCGAAGCGCCCCCUGCGCCCACCGGCCUUGUGGCAACAACGCUAUCAGGGAAGAACAUUUCCUUAACCUGGGUCGCUCCCUACCCACCUUACGGUGUCCUCGACUAUUACAACAUUGUGUUUCGACGAAGAAAUUCCACAGCGAGUAGGACAAAGCAAGUCUACCCUAACCAAACGCUGUGUCAUGGAACGGCAGACACGAAAAAGCAGUGCUUUACCCUAGAUGGUCUUGAACCAGAUACGAAAUACUACAUUAAGGUGCUGGCUGCCAACAAGGGAACAGUUCUAGGACGUCCGUCAGAAGAAAGAGAAGCAGAAACAAAAAUACUGCCUCCUGGUGCGCCGAGAGGGUUAUCUGCCACGAGGCGAAAUGAAGACAGUAUCAGGGUAGUCUGGAAAGAACCGGUGGAAAAAAACGGGGUUCUCAGCAAUUACAGGCUGAACACGUCAUUGGUGCAUUCGUAUGACGCGGAGCUGCUGGAAGCAAGUCGUCCAAACUCUGCUGUGUUGCCUACCUCCGUUCUACGGUAUGACCUAAAGCCUCUGUUCCCAGGCUGCACUUAUAAUGUGUGCGUCGAAGCCAGCACAAGAGCAGGCUUCGGCCCCCCUGACUGCAAACAGAUCACCACUAGAGCAUCAGUUCCAGUGGUAGAAGCUGAACCUAGAUUGGAAAGAAUCACGAAGAACACAGUUCGCCUGACACUGUCCCCAGUCUCAUUCAAACAUGGACCCAUCAGCAACUACUACGUGCUCGUUGUACGCGGCUACGACGACUACCAGGGCAACGUGACACCUGUUUCAUACCAGGAGGCCCGUGACCAAGACCUGCCCUACUACAUGGCGGCUCGAAUGAACCCGGAGGAGUUGAAAGAAGACAGGGUCUUUGUCGCUGGCGAUGAUUCCGUGGUGGGAGGAUACCACAAUGUUCCUCUGGAGCCUACAACUCCGUACCGGUUCGCUGUGCUGGUUGAGAGCAACUUUUCUGGAGAUGUUGCGUAUGCUUAUCGCUUAACUCAGCCUGUUGUGGUGGGACAUCUUGCUAUUCCUGGAAUUGUGCUCUCUGCCCUGGCAAUGUUUCUGCUCAUACUCAUAUUCGUGGCAGCGAUAUUAUACUACCGGAAGCGCAGGCGAGCUACUCCUUCCAGGAGCAAUAAAUUAAUGGUUCACGAGCUCAAGCAAACAUUGUCCGGACCAUCGAAAUUGGGCGAUGGCAACGUGUCUGGAUCCCGAAUGGCUCUGAACGUGGAAGACGUCGACCUGAACGCCGUGGAGCCAAUCCAGAACAACGGUGGCACAUCCGUGCCAGUAGCUGUGAAAGACUUCAAGUUACACGUACAACGAUGUCGAGAGAAUGGUAAACUUGAGGAAGAGUAUAUGAGCGUUGGUCGUGGUCAACUGUAUCCUUGGGAAAUUGCCAAGAAGCCUGGGAAUAUAUCCAAGAACCGUUACGGGAAUAUCCUACCCUACGACCACUCCCGGGUUGUUCUAUCACGGAUCUCUGGCCCUGACUCGGACUACAUCAACGCCAAUUACGUUCCCGGUUACAAUAAUCCCAGAAGAUACAUCGCCACACAAGGUCCAAAGUCAAUGACCACCAUCGACUUCUGGCGAAUGGUAUGGGAAGAAAAGAGCUGCAAGAUCGUCAUGCUCACGAACCUAAAAGAAAAGGAGAAGGUGAAAUGCGAGCAGUACUGGCCAGAGUCAACACAAAAGUACGGACUCGUCACUGUCCGCACGGACAAAACGGAGACUUCCGUCGACUUUGUAGUCCGGGAGUUUACCGUAACUAAUGAGAAAGAAAAGAACACUCGUCAGGUCGUGCAGUUUCACUUUACGACGUGGCCCGAUCACGGGGUUCCAGUUUACCCUGAUGCGAUGCAGCCUUUUAUGAAACGGGUGAGAGAGAUACGUCAGACGGACACUCAUCCAAUCAUCGUUCAUUGUAGUGGAGGAAUUGGCCGAACAGGGACGUUCAUUCUAUUGGACAGCAUGAUGGACCAAUCAGAGAAAGAGGGACAAGUCAACCUCGUGGAGCAAUUACGUGCAAUGAGGCAGAACCGCAUUAACUUGGUCGAAUCAUUGGACCAAUACAUGUUCGCUCAUCAUGCCCUUGUGGAGAUCUUGUGCUCCAAGUCCCACAAGAUGACUGUCCAAGAGUUCACGGAACGGUUUCACAUGCUCAGAGUGCGGAGCCCAGAUUCUGGAAAAAGUACAGUAGAGGAGGAGAUUGAGGAGCUCAAUUCGACUAAUCUACCAUCCAAUGUAACCUACAAGGCUGCCACGAGUCCACAGAAUACGACAAAGAACCGCGCUCAAAACAUCCUUGCAGUUGACGCAAGGAGGCCCUACCUGAGUGUCCCUCCAGAUAGUGGUCGCACAGAUUACAUAAACGCCGUCUACGUUGAUGGCUUUAAAAGACGCAACGCCUUUCUGGUAACGCAGUUCCCGUUGCCCGACACCAUUGGAGACUUCUGGCAGAUGGUGGCUACAAGCAACGCUAGAGCGAUUGUCACCUUAGAUAAGCUAGAUUUGGCAGAUGAGAGGUGCCCACAGUUCUGGCCAGACCUGAACACAACUGCCAAGUAUUACGGUUCCAAGGUUCAAAACGAAGGAACGAAUAUCGAGUCCGGGAUCGUCGUUCGGACGUUCAGGGUCGAACAGACCGGGUUGAAGAAAACGCAGAGAAUAGUACGCCAGUUCCACUUGCAAGAAUGGCCGCUGUCCAACGUUACUCCGCCAUCUUGUGACAUCAUGCUGGACCUUAUUCAGAAGGUGGAACGAUGGCAGAGGCAGUCGAAGAAUACGACACUUAUUGUGCAAUGCAUAAACGGUUGCACAAACAGCGGGUUGUACUGCGCUUCGAGCAUCGUCUGCGAACAGCUGAAGACGGAGCAGGAACUGGAUGCGUUCCGAAGCGUUCAGACGAUCCGGAGCAGCCGACAGCAGUUCGUCCGUGACCAGUCCCAGUACGAGUUCCUCUAUGACGUGGCCCUGGCUUUCCUGGACGGAUUCGACGCGUACUCCAACUUCCAGUGAUACUUCCGCACGUGACGAGCUCACCACUCGUGAGACAAUAUACGUAGUAUUGCAAUAGACAAUACAUAUGUAGCGUAAUAUUUAAAGUAGCACAGAAGUCAUUUUUAACACCCAGUUUUCUUCCUAUAAAACUGUUAAGUAGGCCAGUAAGAUGCACCAUGCGAAGUAAUUUACACGACGGAGUCAUGUAUCACGACGAUAGUUAUCGCAGAAAUUGAAUUUAAAAUACGCCGCAAAAAGCGACCGUGCGCAACGGUGGUGAAGAGCAGUACCAGCCUGUGAUCUGCCUGGAACCUCGCGCUGACGCUAUAAGGAGAAGGCUCGCUGAUUGGCCUAGAGAAAUGUUGUCUGGUACUCCGCUGUCGUCUGCUACUCGGCUGUUCGGGGUUCUGAUAAAGCCUUUCUCCUUGCUCGGUAAUGCUUCGGCCGCUCCUCCUAUCCCCAAUUCUCCGGGAAAACUGGCAAAACAGGUUUAUGGCGGCAAAGGGACAAGGCGCUGACCCCCACUGACCGGCAAACCAGAACGAGUCUCCUUAUGCCGUCAUCGGUGACGUGCCAUCAUACCUCCUCAUCCUCGUUAUAGCUGGAGUGGCGAGUUAAGGGUGAAGGCGCGGAGCUAUGUUUAUGUGAGUUUUUUUCUGGGAAACAAAUUGCACACAUCAAAACCUUUCGCGCUAUUCGGUAUAAUGACACACACACUUCCAUCAGAUGUCUUAAACUGAAAUUUUUUUGGAUGGCCCUCUGUACUCCUUUAAAGCGUCCA